CGCCCUCGAUUCUUUCAAAAAGGAGGAAAGCGAAAGGGGAGAAGGCAUUUCGAAUUUGAGGGAAAAGACAACCUAAGAAAAAAUAAUGACGAACCAACUUUGCAAGCUUUUUGUCGGUGGGCUGAACGUACAGACGACAAAUGAGGGACUUCGGCAGCAUUUCGAGCAGUAUGGCCAGCUUACUGACUGCGUGGUGGUUCAGAAUCAACAGCUACAGCGGUCCCGCUGUUUCGGCUUUGUGACCUACACGACUGAGCAGGAGGCCGACGCAGCAAUGGCCGCCAGACCACACUGUGUGGAUAACAACAACGUGGAAGUGAAAAGAGCCGUGGCGCGCGAAGACGCUGGAAGACCAGAGGCCCACGCCAAGGUAAAGAAAAUUUUCGUCGGCGGGCUGAAAGACGAUAUCGAAGACGAACACCUACACGAAUAUUUCUCCCAAUAUGGCGCUAUCGAGAAGGCUGAAGUUAUCAGCGACAAGCAGACCGGCAAGAAGCGUGGAUUCGGCUUUGUCUACUUCGAAGACAACGACUCCGCCGACAAAGCGGUUGUGCUCAAAUUUCACACUGUCAAUGGACACAAAGUGGAGGUUAAGAAAGCCCUGACCAAACAGGAGAUGCAGGCUGCAGGGGGCCGCGGCGGCAGGGGAAGAGGACGAGGAAUGGGACGGUCUCAAAAUGGCUACGGUGGGGGGAGAGGAGGGGGUGGUUACAACAGCUAUGGCGGCGGCUAUGGGGGAGGAGGCUACGGGAGCAGUGAUGGCGGAUAUGGCGGUGGCUAUAGCAGCGGUGGAGGCUACGGUGGAAGCUACGGAGGAGGCAGUGGCUAUGGAGGAGGGUAUGGCGAUAGCUAUGGUGGCGGAAAUGGCUACAGUGACUUUGGCAGCGGAUACAGCCAACAGUCCUCUGGCUACGGGCCGAUGAAAGGAGCCAGCACCUACUCCGGGCGAAGCAGUGUCCCUUACUCCCGAGGAGGAGGUGGCGGUGGCUACAGCAGGGGGGGCUAUGGAGGAGGCACUUACUAAGUCCACUGCUGCGUUAGGAGAGACUGGGUCGAGCGGCCGUUUCGUCUCUUUGCCGCCAGUUAUAGCCAUUUCUUUGGACAUCAAACAGAACUCAAAACAGUCAAGUCUGCUAUUGCUGAGACAUCUGGCAAAAUAGCGGACACUGAAUCCUAAAGACGACCUCAAGUGACCCUAACAGGUAGGAAGACCCAGAGAACCUGACUUGCACGACCACAUAGGACAUGUUCGAUUGCAGGAUUCAUUUAGCUAAGCUACUCGCUAUAUUUUCUAAGCGUGGCACUGUUCCUAGUUGAUUAAGGUGUGAGAAGCAUUUUUAUUUUAAAAUUGAAAUAUGUAACUUACAAAUAUCGAAUAUUGAGUAGCAGAGGUCUUCUGUCGACUGUUUUAGUUUUGUUUGUGUAACCAUAUCUGACUUUUGUUUUAUCUGUAUUCUCCGCAAUUAUUCUAACUCCUGUCCCUCCCCCUCCCCUAAAACAGCUCUGAAAUGCCGUAAUGUAAAUGUAAAGGGGUGGAGAACCCAAGAAAACAAGUUGGAAUUUAUGACGGGCAGGUUCAGCCGUACGAUCUCUAUAGUAAACAGUUGUAACCUCAUUGCUUGUGCGACAUUGCCGAAUGCAGGCGAUCCGAUUAAUUUUGAUUUAAAUUUAAAUUUUGAAGGCGAUCAGAACGUUAUUUUUUUUGUUAGGGCAUAUGUUGGAAAGUUGAUGUCCCCGGCUCUAAUACAGGCAAAACCAGUUUACUUCGUUUUCAAGCAACAUGCUCUUUGUGUAUUGUCAUUGUGCAGUUACACCAUCUUAGCAUUGUUAAACAUUGAUAUGCAAUUGUAUGUUCAUUUUUAAAUAAAAAGUCAAAGCAGAACAAAGGUUAUUUUACUUUAUGGAUGUUUUGUUACCAGAUUCCAUUUUCAUGGAUACCCUGUGGUAUUUUCAACUGCAGUUGAUUGUUUUCUAUUAACGUUAUAAAAAAAGUUGUCGUUUUAAUUCCAUGCAUUAUGAAUAAGCUAAUUGGAAACUACCUGUCGAGAAUUGAUCUAGCUAAUUGACAUUCUUGUGUCCUAAACUCAGUUUCUUCCAGGUAAAUCCGAAAAAUGUAAAUCCUAAUUCGUAUUCCAAAUUUAGUUCAAACCUUUAUAUUAUGUGACUCAAAUGCUUGUCAACCCAUCAAUUGACGGUUACUUGGCUCAGGUCUAUGCAUUUCAUUACAUUUUAGUCAAACUACUCGCAGAGCCUAAGGAACCAGUUUUAAAAUUUACGCAAAUUACUACCUGGACUUGAGUGACACGUUCACAUGUGAGUUUAAUAGUUCCUGGGGAAGUGGGGUGUCAGAACUUGAACAUUAAAUUCAUAAUUCAUUGAAAUGCCAAUAAUGCACAUCCUAUAUCCGUAAUUGGUACAAUUGUUGAUGCGCGUUUGCCCCAUUGUUGGACGACGUUUGAAAUGGCGGCACUUUCGCAUAUAGUACCGGUAAACGUAUAGAACAGGUUUACCCUGUUUCCGCUGGGAUCUCCAUUGUACAUAUUAUAAAUUGGCUCUCGGAGAUCUUGUUUGAAAACUGACACCCCCUGGUAUGUUUGGGGAUCUAUGCACAAUGCAUGGAUGGUUUGUUGGUUUUAACCAACCAUAGGUAGCCCUGUAAUUAUUUUGAAGACAUUUCUUCUAAUGGAAAUGAGCUUUUAUUCGUUUUCUCUUUGUCCUGAUUGUUUGGACUAUGGAGGGCUCACAUUUAUUUCUGAUUCCUAUAUUUAGGUGUUCAUACUGUUAUCCCGGUACCUCAAAAUAGGUGUAGCAGUUUUUAUACAGGGACCCUGUACAGUACCUGGGUUCGAGGUUAUAGGAGUCUGAAAUAUCUCAUUAGGAUCACAUCCUGCAGCAAUAGGUAUGUAACUCAAUCUGUCUCCACCUACACAUUAGUUAUAAGCAUUUUAUGAUUUUGUCUGGUUAAUUUAGUAAUGUAUAUGUAAACCCAAUUAACAUCUUAUGUGCUCUGGACUUUUGUGUUCUACAUGGAAAAAAAUAUUUAACAUUAAGUUUGCUUAUGUAUAGUUAAUAGGUCCUCGUUUAAUGGGUUAUGAAGACAUUUAAGACUGUAGCAGUUGCAAAAUUCCCACUUUCCAGUGUUAGUCAUUGAUUGAAAUGCGACUUGGAAUGGGAAUGAGCUCUCGUGCAAUCUCGACAAACUUGAUGUUUGCCGCCCCCACCCCCCCUCUCCCUCCCUUAAGUGGCAGAUGCUCCAACCUGCUUUUUCUGUCUCCAGGAAGCUUCUGUGGCCUGACCUUGCCUCCCCCAAUCACCGUGGCUUGUCAUUGGCUGCAAACGGGUUUGGUGGUGUGCGCAAAGGACCAGGAUACUUCACGAACAUCCUCAAACAUGCAGGAAUGGCUGCACGUUUCCGCGGUUUUUUUGGCCCCACGUGCAACGGAAGUGUGCUGCGCUGCAUUGUGACGUCUGCUGUUGGGGAGGGGUGGGGGUAGGUGGUUUGACAGAAUGGUGAAUACUGACGAUUCAUUAAAUUCAUAUUACAGGUGAAUGUAACCUCAAAAUGCUGAAGUGGAUGUAACCAUAACUCGUUUUUUUGUUGUAUGAAGCAUUCCAACUGCUUGUGUUGCUUUACCUGCUCGAAAUUAUUUGAAUUGAAAUUCAAUCCGGUUUGGUUUUAAUACCCCAAAUAAAAUUGUCUAUAUAUGAAAAUAAAUGCUGGUUAUUUGUUUGUAAUUUGAGUAAAUGAUGGUAAUAUUUAGAAAUUGGCCAAAGUUUAGAAUCAUGUGAGCUGGCAUUUGAUUUGUGCAUUGUACUUGCUUUUGCUGACAGGAUUUAUUAUGUUUUGUUUUUUUAACUAUUUGGCAAUAAAACGUUUUGCAAUAUAA